GAUGCUUUAAUCUGGAUCCCAAUAGAGUUUUGGAUGUAAUUUUAGAAGUGUUUGAAUGCAGACCAGAACACGAUGACUUCUUUAUAUCUUUAUUAGAAUCUUACAUGAGUAUGUGUGAACCGCAAACACUGUGUCAUAUUCUUGGGUUCAAGUUCAAGUUUUACCAGGAACCAAAUGGUGAGACUCCAUCGUCAUUGUACAGAGUUGCAGCAGUACUUCUUCAAUUUAAUCUUAUUGAAUUAGAUGAUCUUUAUGUACAUCUCCUUCCAGCUGAUAGUUGUAUUAUGGAUGAACACAAACGAGAAAUUGUAGAAGCAAAGCAAAUUGUUAGAAAACUUACAAUGGUUGUGUUAUCUUCGGAAAAAAUGGAUGAACGAGAGAAAGAAAAAGAAAAAGAGGAGGACAAAGUAGAGAAGCCACCUGACAACCAAAAACUUGGUUUAUUGGAAGCUUUGUUGAAGAUUGGCGAUUGGCAGCAUGCACAGAACAUCAUGGAUCAGAUGCCUCCAUACUAUGCAGCUUCACAUAAGCUAAUAGCCCUUGCUAUUUGCAAGCUCAUUCACAUAACUAUUGAGCCUCUCUACCGAAGAGUUGGUGUACCUAAAGGUGCUAAAGGCUCACCUGUUAAUGCUUUGCAAAACAAGAGAGCACCAAAACAAGCAGAGAGUUUUGAAGAUUUGAGGAGAGAUGUAUUCAAUAUGUUCUGUUACCUUGGUCCUCACCUUUCUCACGAUCCCAUUUUAUUUGCAAAAGUGGUGCGCAUAGGGAAGUCAUUUAUGAAGGAGUUUCAGUCUGAUGGCAGCAAACAAGAAGAUAAAGAGAAAACGGAAGUUAUCCUUAGCUGUUUGCUUAGCAUUACUGACCAGGUACUACUUCCAUCUCUUUCUUUGAUGGACUGCAAUGCUUGUAUGUCUGAGGAACUGUGGGGAAUGUUUAAAACAUUUCCAUAUCAGCAUAGAUACCGUCUAUAUGGCCAGUGGAAGAAUGAAACUUAUAACAGUCACCCACUUUUAGUAAAAGUUAAAGCUCAAACAAUAGACAGAGCCAAAUAUAUCAUGAAGCGUCUAACCAAGGAAAAUGUGAAACCUUCUGGAAGACAAAUUGGGAAAUUGAGCCACAGCUAGCCAACCAUUUUGUUUGAUUAUAUCUUGUCACAAAUACAGAAAUAUGAUAACUUAAUAACACCUGUAGUAGAUUCAUUGAAAUACCUCACGUCAUUGAAUUAUGAUGUCUUGGCCUAUUGUAUCAUUGAAGCUUUAGCUAAUCCAGAAAAGGAGAGAAUGAAACAUGAUGACACAACCAUAUCAAGCUGGCUUCAGAGUCUAGCUAGUUUCUGUGGUGCAGUGUUUCGCAAGUAUCCAAUUGAUCUUGCUGGUCUUCUUCAAUAUGUGGCCAAUCAGCUAAAGGCAGGCAAAAGUUUUGACUUGCUUAUAUUGAAAGAAGUGGUACAGAAAAUGGCAGGGAUAGAAAUUACGGAGGAAAUGACAAUGGAACAACUAGAGGCCAUGACUGGUGGAGAGCAGCUAAAAGCUGAGGGUGGUUAUUUUGGCCAGAUCAGAAAUACCAAAAAAUCCUCUCAGAGGUUAAAGGAUGCACUAUGAGACCAUGAUCUUGCUCUUCCUCUCUGUUUGCUUAUGGCUCAGCAGAGGAAUGGGGUGAUUUUUCAGGAAGGCGGAGAGAAACAUUUGAAAUUGGUGGGAAAGCUCUAUGACCAGUGUCAUGAUACCUUGGUACAGUUCGGUGGGUUUUUAGCAUCUAAUCUAAGCACAGAAGAUUAUAUAAAGCGAGUGCCUUCAAUUGAUGUGCUCUGUAAUGAAUUUCACACACCCCAUGAUGCAGCGUUUUUCCUGUCUAGGCCAAUGUAUGCACACCAUAUUUCGUCCAAGUAUGAUGAGCUUAAAAAAUCAGAAAAGGGAAGUAAACAACAGCAUAAAGUUCAUAAGUACAUCACGUCGUGUGAGAUGGUGAUGGCACCUGUCCAUGAAGCAGUUGUCUCCUUACAUGUUUCCAAAGUCUGGGAUGACAUCAGUCCUCAAUUCUAUGCCACUUUCUGGUCAUUGACAAUGUAUGACCUUGCAGUUCCACAUACCAGCUAUGAACGAGAAGUCAAUAAACUUAAAGUCCAGAUGAAAGCAAUUGAUGACAAUCAGGAAAUGCCUCCAAAUAAAAAGAAAAAAGAGAAGGAGCGCUGUACUGCCCUUCAGGACAAGCUUCUUGAAGAAGAAAAGAAACAAAUGGAACAUGUACAGAGAGUUCUACAGAGACUCAAACUGGAAAAGGACAACUGGCUUUUAGCAAAAUCUACCAAAAAUGAGACCAUCACAAAAUUUCUACAGCUGUGUAUAUUUCCUCGAUGUAUUUUUUCAGCAAUUGAUGCUGUUUACUGUGCUCGUUUUGUUGAAUUGGUACAUCAACAGAAAACUCCAAAUUUUUCCACACUUCUUUGCUAUGAUCGAGUGUUUUCUGACAUAAUUUACACUGUUGCAAGCUGUACUGAAAAUGAAGCUAGUCGAUAUGGAAGAUUUCUUUGCUGCAUGUUACAGACCGUGACCAGGUGGCAUAGUGAUAGAGCCACAUAUGAAAAGGAAUGUGGAAACUAUCCAGGAUUUCUUACCAUAUUAACAGCAACUGGAUUUGAUGGUGGCAAUAAAGCUGAUCAGUUAGACUAUGAAAAUUUUCGACACGUUGUACAUAAAUGGCAUUACAAACUAACCAAGGCAUCAGUACAUUGCCUUGAAACAGGCGAAUAUACUCACAUCAGGAAUAUCUUGAUUGUGCUAACAAAAAUACUUCCUUGGUACCCAAAAGUUUUGAAUCUGGGUCAGGCUUUGGAACGAAGAGUGCAUAAAAUCUGCCAAGAAGAAAAAGAGAAGAGGCCAGAUCUAUAUGCACUGGCUAUGGGCUACUCUGGGCAGUUGAAAAGUAGAAAGUCAUACAUGAUACCUGAAAAUGAGUUUCAUCACAAAGACCCCCCUCCGAGGAACGCAGUUGCCAGUGUACAAAAUGGUCCUGGUGGUGGGCCUUCAUCAUCAUCGAUAGGAAGCACAUCUAAAUCGGAUGAAAGCAGUACUGAGGAGACUGAUAAAUCAAGGGAGAGAUCUCAGUGUGGUGUGAAAGCUGUUAAUAAAGCUUCUAGUGCCACACCGAAAGGGAAUUCAAGCAACGGAAAUAGUGGCUCUAACAGCAGUAAAGCAGUUAAAGAAAAUGACAAAGACAAAGGAAAAGAGAAAGAAAAAGAGAAAAAAGAAAAGACUCCAGCUACUGCUCCAGAGGUCAGGGUACUUGGUAAAGAUGGUAAAGAAAAACCAAAAGAAGAACGGCCAAAUAAAGAUGAAAAGGCAAGAGAGACCAAGGAAAGAACGCCUAAAUCCGACAAAGAGAAAGAAAAAUUCAAGAAGGAAGAAAAAGCUAAAGAUGAGAAAUUCAAGACUAAGAUAUAGCAAAGGAAAUGAAAUCAAAGGAAAAUGUUAAAGGAGGAGAAAAAACACCAGUUUCUGGGUCCUUGAAGUCACCUGUUCCCCGAUCAGAUAUUGCAGAGCCUGAAAGGGAACAAAAACGACGCAAAAUUGAUACUCACCCUUCUCCAUCACAUUCCUCCACAGUAAAGGUUACAGCCAUACUUCCCAAAGUUCCUCUGGGUUCUGAGAACUAUGCCAGCUCACCUGUCAUCUCCAUUCAUUUUCUACAGGACAGUCUCAUCGAACUCAAGGAGUCUUCAGCAAAGCUCUACAUUAAUCAUACUCCUCCACCACUGUCCAAGAGUAAGGAGAGAGAAAUGGACAAGAAAGAUUUGGACAAGUCAAGGGAAAGAUCCAGAGAAAGAGAGAAAAAAGAUGAAAAGGACAGGAAAGAACGGAAAAGGGAUCACUCAAACAAUGACCGUGAAGUGCCACCUGACUUAACCAAGAGGCGAAAAGAGGAAAAUGGAACAAUGGGGGUUUCAAAACACAAAAGUGAAAGUCCAUGUGAGUCUCCUUAUCCAAAUGAGAAAGACAAGGAAAAAAAUAAGUCAAAAUCUUCAGGCAAAGAAAAAGGCGGUGAUUCAUUUAAAUCUGAGAAGAUGGAUAAAAUUUCCUCUGGUGGCAAAAAGGAGUCCAGGCAUGAUAAAGAAAAGAUAGAAAAGAAAGAGAAACGGGACAGUUCAGGAGGAAAGGAAGAGAAGAAACAUCAUAAGUCCUCGGACAAGCACAGAUAAUGAAGACUUUCAGUCAAGGGUAUGGACAGACCCCUAAGCUGAAGGUCUCCCAGAGGAGGAUGCCAAAGCUCCAUGCGUCACUUUCAGGACGAUAUCUCCCAUAAUUAAGAGCUUCUGGUGCUGUCCAUUUAAUGGGAAUCUGCUUUAAGUCAGAAGAUGAAUACACACCACCAUCCUCUUGACGAGACAUUCCAAAGUCACUGAUUUUCAGAACAUUGUUUUCACCUCCAGGCAGUUCUUACAGCAAAAUCCUUAUGUAUACAGUUUUUACUUGAGAUAUGCCAUCCAGAAGCAGCAUCUAAUGAACAUGUCAUUGAGUUUUAGCUCAUCCUUCUUUCUCAGAAAGGAAAGGAAAUCGCCUCCUGGAACCAGGUCCUUAAUGAUGUAGAUAGGCUGUCUUUGUGUGCGAACUCCUAUAAUUUGACAAUAAUGGGAUGAUUACAUUGCUUGAGGAUUUUUGGCUUGUAAAAAUUUUAAUUUCAGUUCCUGGGAAAGAUCUUCUUUACAUGUUUCAACAGCAACAGCAAUUUUAUCCUUUGAUGUGCCCUUAAAUACAUCAUCGAAAUUUCCCUUGCCCAAUAAUUCUCUUAAUGUGACAUCUUUGUGACUGAGAACACGUUUUUCAUUCUCCUUGUUUUGGUAGUACUGAUCUCAUGAUGCUCUUUGCUGGAACAUCAACUUUUUUUUUCCCGGCAGUUAAAAAAUGGACAUAAAAUUCACCAUUUUAAAUUGUGCAAUUCAGUGGUUUUUAGUAUGUUCACUGUUAUGCAGCCAUCACCUGUGUUCAAUUCCAGAACAUUUCUAUCAUCCCCAAAAGAAGCCCAUGCCUGUUAGCAGUCACUCCAAAUUCUUCCUUCCUCUAGCCCCUGGAAACCACUAAUAUACUUUCUGUCUAGAUGGAUUUGUCUAUUUUGCAUAUUUCAUACAAAAGAAGUCAUGUAAUUUGUGGCCUCCUAUGUCUGCGUUGCUUCACUUGGCAUCAUGUUUUUAAGACUCCUUCAUGUCAUAGCGUAUGUCAGUGCUCCAUUCCUUUAUAUGGCUAAAAUAAUACUCCAUUGUGUGAGUGUGUACCACAUCUCUCGUCUAGCCAUUCAUCACUUGAUGGACAGGAACAAUGACUUUUAAGUAUUAAGAUUGUAAGUUCAAUAUUAGUGUGACUGCACUUAAAAUUGAUGAUGUCAGGAUUAUACAUGGUGUAAACACGAUGCUGUAUAGAAAUGAUUCGUAAAUUAUUUGUCAUUUCAUGCAAGUAUGAUUAUUUUUUAAGGCCCCUUUUAACUCUGGUUUUAUGAAAUAUGUGAAUGUAUUUUGAAUAAAGUUUAAUGCAUUAAGCAUUAAUUUAAAAUUUGAAUGAGAGCAAUGUUUGGCAGAUAUGAGGUUAUUUGCCACAUGCUGUAAUGAUCAUGUUCUAAAUUUAUUUCAAUAUGCAGUAUUUGAAAAAUGUCAAUACAUAAUGGAAAGGAAAUAAGUAUAAUUGAGUCAAUAUAUUUUUAAAGCAAUUUUUAUAAUUUAGCAGACAUUGCAUCUUAAUAUAAGUCACUAUUAAAGUUAUGUCCUUGUGAAAAAUGUGAUGUUAUUUUUCUGUUUUUUGAUUAAUCAUGUAAAAUAGAUUUCUUUGCUACAUGUCCUGUUUACUUUUGAUAAGCUAUUGCUUGCCUCUGUGGAAUGUUAUACUUGUUGCUAUUCCAUGCCCCCACCCAUCCCUCUCACAUAUAAAAUGUUCAGUUUUUUUUUUUUUUAAGUCAUGAGAUAUUUUAUUCUUUUGUGGGGACCUUAAUUCAGAUCUUUGUUAUUGAUGGAACUCAUUUUUUAUUUCUUACAUCUCCCUCCUUUUCUUCCUCUCCCCCACUUCUUUUUUCCUUUUUUCUUUUUUUCCUUCCCUCCAUCCUUCCUUCUCUUCUUCCCUCUCCUGUUUUUGACCUUCCUUCCUCCCUCCCUCCUUACCUUCCUUUUGUUCUUAUCUAUCAAUAUAAUCACUUUGUUUCUUUCAGAUGAGAUUGGAAUGAAAUUGUUCAGCUGUGACCAGAAAUUUAUUUUCCAAGUAGAUUGCCAAGAAUUGCGAAUGAAGAGGGCCCAUUUGCAUCUUCUUAAAUUAUUCAGUUAUCUGCUUUAUUGCUCCAUAUGGGAAACUUAAAAUUGUUGAGUUGUGCAUUACUGUAUUUUACCUUGUUGCUUAGUUUCUACAUGUUUAUUUUCAGUAAUGGCUGAAAGUGUUAACUGUUCCAUAUUUUUAGCACAAUGUGCUGCAUAUAGUUCCCAAUAAGCAAUUAAGGUUACAUGUGUACAGAAUUUCACUUUAGGUUAACUAAAUAUUGCCUGGGUUUAGUUGUAUUUUUUCCAAUCUGAAAUGCUUCCUUUUUAUUGUUUGAAACUGAAAAUAAACAAUUAUUGAACUAUUUUGAA